AGGAGGAGAAACUGAGGAGGGUGGGAGGUCUGGAGUGGAGCACGUAGCCUGCUUACAAAUUAACACCACAACCGAAGUCGGACAGCGUGAGUGAGUUUCUCGCCGUCCUCCUCUCGCUGUUGCACCGCCUCGCAAAGCCAUCUUCUCGGUCUGCGGUCUCCACUUUAAUGAUCCAACGGUGCCCCUGAAUGCCGCUGCCCCACUUCUGAGCGACUUCCCCCGGCUGCUGCGCACAGCCGGAGCCCGACGGAGCCGCAGCAGCCGGAGACCGGAGAGACACACCGACACUGCGGGAGGUGACAGAUCCGGAGCGGAGCCUUUGCAACAAACCACGCAGACAUCGGCCAUGCCAGAUCUGCACGGAGGGGGAAAUCUCGAUAAGUAUGAGCCGGGUUUUUUUUUUUUGUUCCUGCAAACUCGGGUGUGCUUGGCGUGGCUGUGGCGAUGACUUCCUCCUCUAACAAGCCUCGAGAUGAGCCUUCUCCUGGAGUCUAAACAAACACCCGGACUGUAAGAAGAGGACUUUAUCACCGACAGAUCAUCAGCGACAAUAAAAUAGACUUUAUUAGUCACAUACUGCGCUUCUACUUGGGAGGAAAACGCCGUAAAUCAAGCCAGGAGGAUCCAAGCUCAAGUGGAAGACGAAUGGUUUCGGCAUGGUGCCCACGCCCCAGGUGUGCGUAUCAACCCUGGUCACAGUGAGCACGAUGGCAGUGGUGGACCUCUACCUGCUGGAGCAGAGCAUGCUGGGAGCUCGUGGUCCUCCAGGGCCGAGUGUGUGGCAGUGUGCCGUGGUGUUGCUAGGCGAUCUGGGCUUCCUGCUCGCGCUGCGCUUCGUGUCGGCCGGCGUGAUGUCGGAGGCGAGGUCGCCACGCCGCGGCUUUGCCAACGCGCUCUGGUUCCUCUUCCUGUCGCUGCUGCAGCUCAAACUCUUCUUCGUCUGCCAUAACUACAGGCAGGAGCGCCGCCCCCCCGACCCGCUGGCCAGGAAGACGCUGACGCUGCUGCUGUCCAUCUGCCUGCCCUCGCUGUUCCUCAUCCUGACGGGGGCCGACCACAUGACCCCGCAGCGCAGGAAGCAGGAGGUGCGGAGCCGGCUCCUGUGGGUGGUGGUGGAUCUGCUGGAUGUGCUGGACCUGCAGGCCGGGCUGUGGGAGGCCCAAGGGGGGGUGGUAGGGUCGGGGGGGGUCGUCGAGCAGAAGCUGCCCAUCUGGGCCGAGGGCCUGGUCUUCUUCUACUGCUACGCCCUCCUGCUGCUGCUGCCUUGUGUGGCCCUCACCGAGCUGGGGGCCACGGGCCUGCCGGGACAGAGGGGGCCCCGUAAGGAGGCUCUGUACCCGUGGCUCAGCUUGGUCACCAUCAACAUCUUCACCCUGGCCCUGAGGGGCACCGGCAUGCUGUGGUACCGGGACCCCCGCGUGUCCACCGUGUUCCUGGGGAAGAACCUGCUGGCUCUGGCUGUGAAGCUGAGCUCCGCCUGGGAGAAACACAAGCAGGAGCGCGGAGCUGCCGGGGCGGGGGCCGUGGCCGGAGCAGAACCAGGAGACCCCACCCUGCCGAGCCAGGGCUCAGAGCAGGGAGAGGACCCGGCUCAGGGGAAAGCCCCCCCUUCUCAUUUUCACACACUGUCUCGCUCCCAAAGCCACAAUCUCUCUCAUGCCAGCCUGGAGCCCGCAGAGACGCCCUUAGUACCCUCUUUCAUCUCCCAUGAACUCUAGAGAGGAUCUGAACAUACACGCAUGCACACAAAAUGUGAUCACACUCGGACCAGCAGGGCGAGUAUCACAACCAAACAGAUACAUCGUUUUGAGUUUCAGUGCAACAUUGAUGGGUGUAAUGCCGAGCUGUGGAAAUGCAUUUGACAAGCUUGGAUUUCUGCACAUUUUGUUGUGCUAAUAAUAACUCAAAAUGCAUUGCUGGGAUUUGUGAGAGUGUGUUUUUUUAAUUGAACACUGUGAACACAUUUCAGCCUGUAAAGAAUAUUCCAGAAAUAUUUGUUGAAGUCUGCUUCUUCCCUUCUUUAAUCAUGGCACAGCUGCCCAAACUGACACAAAUGUGUUGAAUGUGUUGCGCUCCAUAUACAGUUUCUCAUCUGUGAUCUACUCUACGAGUUGAAAUCAUGUUGCUUGUCAGAAAAAUGUGAUCUUUCUUCCAUUAGAUGCCAGAAUAGAGACCGUGACCUUUAGUCUACAUUUCUCUCUCUGCCCCUUUGCAGAGACCUUUCUCAGAGAAAUACAGACGAGUGAUGAUUUACUCUUCCUUUAGCACCAGAGCCAGGAUUCAAAGCCCAUCUGCAUGUAAAACUCACUUUACACGUUGCUACAGUAUUUCAAUGUCGAGUCAAAUCCAGAGGAGGCAAACCUUUUUGGCUUGUUGCCUCAUGAAUCAUGGUCUAUUCACAGGGGAUGUUUCCUUCUUGCAUUUUUCCUAUGUGGAUAUAUUUUAAAGACCUGAAGGGGUGAAGUUUUAAACAUUCUCACAACAAAAAAGCAAAAAGUAAGAGAGCAAAAUAAAAUAUGAACACAGAUGUUUUCUCCUCAUAUGUCUUUAAUACACUCAUGACCACUCAGAUGUAACAAUGAGGAGGGUCCCGACACAAUUGGUUGGCAACAGAGGUGUCACUGUGCCACAGCUUCGUUCAGACAAAAAGGAAACACCGGCUGGUCACUUUUUAUUUUCUGACCAGGCUGACAGUGUCAUCCUGCAGACUCUGUGGUUGACCAUGACCGACAAACUGGUACAAUGACAUCUUUGUAAUAUUUAAAAUGUAGAAUUUUAACUUUAGCGAAUGAUUUUCUAGAUACAUGCUGUACCUAUUUUCUGUUAAUGCUAAUACUCUCCUGCGGCAAUUCUAACAGAACACAAUGUGCAUAACUCAAAAUGCCAAAUGUUUAUAAAAGACAGUUUCCAUAAAUAAAACCUUCCAAUCGUAGGGCUUAAAGAUGGAAAUUGUGCGUCAUCUUAAUCCUACUCCAACACAAACUACGGUCUAUUUUACAACAGUGUUUACAGAGACAGAAUUCCAAUGUAAGUAAUCCCUUUACUGUUUCAGAUCACAUUUAAAAUGUAUGUUUUGCUGUCGUCUGUACUUGUUUCAAAGUCUCCUUCAGUCAUUUAAAAAAGAAAGAAAAAGCUGCCUGUCCCAAGCAUAAAUCCCUUUUUUUCCACUUUAGAUUAACUUGCAUUUUAAUUAUGGAUGGAGCGCUUCAUUCUCUAAUGUGUUUUCACGUGGGUGUUGUAGAACAUAGGCAUCAUGGGAUUAAGGGUCAGAGCAGCAGGUGUUGCCGAUGUACCGUUCAGUCAAGUGCCUUGUUUCCUCAUGGAGCUGCAGCCUCUGAGUCCAGCAGGCGUACGCACGCAUUAUGUGAACCAUGUGGGACUUGGACAUAUGCCAUGUGUACACUGUGAAGUUAUUCCACAGCUGUCCGUCGGUUACACCUC